AUGAAUUGGUGCAUUGUUAUUGGAACAGCAGGAUCAAGUUGUUCUUUAACUUAUACAUCGAUUCCGAUUCGAAUAUGGAACAUGAGUGUUUUGUUUGCUUUACCAAUUGGAAUUACUUUUCUAACAUCGAUUAAAUGUUUGAUGUUUCUUAAACGAACUCAAUCACAGCAAAUUAUAAUUCAGCGAAAUCAUUAUCGUCGAUUAAUCUAUCGUUAUGUUUGUUUCUAUACGAUUUGGUUGAUUCUAUGGACACCAUUGAUGAUAUUAAAUUUUUUAUGUAUCGAGACAAUUGAUGGAAAAAUUAAUUUCAUUGCGACGGCUGGAAAUACAUUCGAAUCGUGUUUAGAUGGUGUUAUUCUUAUUUUUUUGGACAAACGUUUUGAAAUGGCAUGGAGAAAAUCGUUUGAUGCAAUUCGACAGAAGUUUGCUGGGCAGAAAAAGAACAAAGUCACUCCGACAUGUCAACAAAUAUUAGUUAGACAGAACGAAGUUCAUCUACGGAAAGAGGAAGUUGUACGGGCGACACGAGUCAUUUUAGCUUCAUAA